AGCAGCAGCAUAGGUACAGUGGUUUUCUCUGUGUGAGAUAGCAUGUUUUACAUAUUUUGCCUCAAAUGUGUUGUCAAGUCUUUCCAAGAGACGUCCAUAGGCAAUUGUCGUGCAAUGAAUGAGCCAUAAUGCACCUGCCGUCCAAGGUCCGGAGUCUCAAAGAUUUCCUUUUCCCAUGUGUCAACCAUGAGCAAAGAUGACCUGUCCCAAAUCAUUGGCCUUCACCUGUUCCUUCUUCAAUGGGUUUUGACCAAAGCCCAUCAUGAAUAUCACCAAGAUGGAAAGGUCAUUUGCUCUCGUGAGAAAAGUAUAUCCACCUGGUAUACUACUGAAUACGAGUAUUUCAGUUGCAAAAUGAAAGAACAUUGUUGUGGAGAUCCCUGGAAGAGAAAGUGCUGUAAUGAAUCUACGAACCCCCAUGAAGUGAUCAUCAUUGUGGCCGUUGUUCUCGUCGUAGGCUUCUUCAUCAGUUUGGCCAUCGUGGCCUUUGUCAAUUACAAGCGGCGAACCAGGCUUUAUGAAGUGGUCGAGAAAUGGUGGGCCAUUGCCAAACCUUCAGAAUUCAAACCCAACUCAUCACCAGGGCAAGCCAACUCGGCCAGGGGGCCGCCUAGAAAUGUGUUGCCAAUGGCCAUGCCAAUCCCUUUGGCUACGGGGUUAAAUUUGUCCAAUCCUGGAGAGCCCAGGCGCAAAUCCUCGCGGAGACAACCCACAGCCACACCAAGUGUGUUGAGCACUCAAAUCUAUUACCCUGGAGCACCUAUUCCGAUUCAUAAACCGGCGCCAUCAGUGUAUACUAUUCCGUGAUUUAAUGCACUUGUUUUCCGGGUGCUGGGAAGACUGAAGCAAGGAAAAAGACAGAGUGCUAGAGAAAAGUUUAGGGCAAACAAGAGUCCCCCCAACUCUAAUCUUUUUUGUUGGUGCAAUGAAAUAUUUUAGUUUGUAAAGAGGAAAAACCUGGAAAAACGUGGAUGGAAAAUCAUGUUCUGUUUUUAUAUCUGUACACAUAGAAAUGACAUAAUCUAAUGGCAAUGAUUUGGCGAGGACUGAGAGAAAAGUGGUGUUAAAUAAGGUUUAAAAGCUCUUGAGAAGCCAACCUUCAAAAAAUCUAAAAAUAAACGCACCAUCUUUCGGCAAGCAUGGUGGGCUCCAGAGAGGACAGAAUUGGCAAUCAUAUACUUCUAUUUGUUUUGAUUUUGAUUCAUAUGUGAAAGACAUUUUUAACAUCCUUUUGGUAUUCUCGAAUGAUGGAUGGAUACUUACUUGAUUGAUGAAAGACUAACGAGCCACAAUGUUUAUAUUUAAAAAGUUGGCAAACCUGAGGUCAAUCAGGAUAAAUGAUGUCAUUCUCCCUACCUUUCGCAAUCUGUUAAAUUUCACUCAAAUAGAAACCGAUGAUGUAAGAAAAUAUGACUAUAUUUAUAUUUGACUAUUAUAGCAUCCUCUUGGAUAUAAAAGCAUGCAAAUUGAAUUCUUUCCUCCAAGGCUUGUUUUUAAACACUCCUACCUCGGAGUUAAGCACCCACUCAUUAAAAUGGUGAGUAUAUUUUCAUACUGGAUAACAUUCAAACACCUUGCUCCGAGGUAAUAGGGUUUAAAAACUCGCCUCCAAUUGAUUCCCAACCUCUCUAACAUACUUCAAGGAUGAUUAGGAUGACUCUAGUACAUUUUCUGACGCAGAUUUUUCCGUAAUGCGCAUCAUUUGGAGACAUCUCAUUGAAGGCUUACGUAUGUUAAGUUAACGUUUACAUGACAGUGUCUAGAAAUUGUAUUCUGUAAACCCAUCAAUUAGACAUAUCCGAUCCUGAUUGCACAACUAAGCAAUCACACACCCUAUCACGUGAUAACGGUUUCAAGCAUUAGAACAUGAUAUAAGCUGGGAAUCUUCACAAUCUACAAUCAAAUCAAUCAAUCAUCAUCAUCAUGCAGAAGUUCAGUUUUGUUUUGAUCCUUGCCACGACCUUGGCUUUUUCGGCCUUGGCCGCUCCAUCCGUCGACUCCGAAGCCGACUUGAAGUGCAUAUUUGCUGAUUGUGGAACUGGUUGCUGCUCCUUCCCUAACUUUGUCUGUUGUGAAAACGGCAUUGAAUGUGCCUUCAGCUACCAAGAUUGCACAGAGACCCGCUCCGUUUUCCCUCUGGUUCCUUAUCCGAGGCAACGAGUAGCGCCAUUGGUGUCCUCCAAGGAUGAGUGCUCGGGCUUUCUCUGCGCAACUGGCUGCUGUCCAUUCCUGGGGUUCUUCUGUUGUCCAGAUGUAGAGAGGUGCGCCUUCACACCCGACGAUUGCUAAAUUGACAGAGCCGAUUUCCCGUCCAAGAUGAUCUGAUUUUUAGGAGGAAGCCCUCGCUGUUCUGCUCUGUGGAAGAUUUGGUGCGAUAUCUCGUUGGCUUUGUAUCAAAAGACUUCAAUAAAAAAGAGCAUAUUUUGUGCCAAGAACUAGCAUCAA